AGGCAGAGCAGAGACCAUGGCCCCUCAGGGCCCCCGAGACCCACUGGAAUUCGGGGGGCCUAUGGGAGCUGCAUCGCUGAUGGCGCUGCUCCCCGCCACAAUGCUACACCUGCUCCUGGUGGCCCGCUCGGGGCCCGCGCGCCUCCUGGGCCCGCCCCCCUACCUGCCGGGGCUCGGGGAGCUGUGGAGCCCAGGGGCGCUGUUGCUGUGGCUCACCUGGCUCGGCCUGCAGGCGGCACUCUACCUGCUGCCCGCACGCAAGGUGGUUGAGGGCCAGGAAUUGAAGGACAAGAGUCGCCUGCAAUACCCCAUUAAUGGCUUUCAGGCUCUGGUGCUGACAGCCCUGUUGGUGGGACUGGGGUUAUUAGCCGGGCUGCCCCUGGGGGCGCUUUCAGACAUGCUUCUGCCUUUCGCCUUUGCGUCCACCCUCACCACCUUCAUCUUCAGCCUCCUCCUCUUCCUGAAGGCCCAGGUAGCUCCUGCCUCAGCACUGGCCCCUGGCGGCAACUCAGGAAAUCUCAUUUACGACUUUUUCCUGGGAAGAGAGCUCAACCCUCGCAUCUCUUCCUUGGACUUCAAAUAUUUCUGUGAACUGCGGCCAGGCCUCAUGGGCUGGGUCCUGAUCAACCUGGCUAUGCUGGUGCAGGAGGCAGAGCUUCGGGGUAGCCCCUCGCUGGCCAUGUGGUUGGUCAAUGGCUUCCAGCUGCUCUAUGUGGGUGAUGCCCUGUGGCAUGAGGAGGCCAUCCUGACCACCAUGGACAUCACACACGAUGGCUUCGGCUUCAUGCUGGUCUUUGGGGACUUAGCCUGGGUACCCUUCACCUACAGCCUGCAGGCCCAAUUCUUGUUGCACCACCCACAGCCUCUGGGGCUGCCCAUGGCCUCUACCAUCUGCCUCAUCAAUGCUGUUGGCUACUACAUCUUCCGAGGGGCCAACUCCCAGAAAAACACCUUCCGGAAGAAUCCUUCUGAUCCUAGAGUUGCCGGCCUCGAGACCAUCCCUACAGCCACUGGCCGGCAGCUGCUGGUGUCUGGGUGGUGGGGAAUGGUGCGUCACCCCAACUACCUAGGAGAUCUCAUCAUGGCUCUCGCGUGGUCCCUGCCUUGUGGGACCGCUCACCUGCUGCCCUACUUCUACCUCCUGUACUUCACCUCGCUGCUGGUGCACCGGGAGGCCCGCGAUGAGCGGCUGUGCCGCCAGAAGUAUGGCCUGGCCUGGCAGGAGUACUGCCGGCGCGUGCCCUAUCGGAUCGUGCCCUACAUCUACUGAGG